CAGCUCCUUUAAGCUGGAAUUUCUUGCAUUGAAAUGGGCAGUCACCGAAAAAUUUAAGGAUUACCUGUGGGGGGUGCCCUUCAAAGUCUUCACGGAUAACCGGCCUCUGACUCAUCUCCAAACGGCAAACCUGGGAGCAACGGAGCAGCGUUGGAUGGCGCAGCUGGCCAACUACACCUUCGAGCUCUGCUACAAACCGGGCUCUUCACACCAGAAUGCGGACGCCUUGUCCCGGGUACCUGGAGCAGCCAGCAGCCACCUGGUGGGGGCCCAUGUGCUUCCCCAACCCUCCGAUGGACCAGAUACCCGGGGGCCACCUGAGGUGGACGUCCCUUUGGCAGAUUGGCCGGCACUCCAAGAAGCCGACGACGACCUGGGGUUGAUACGCCAGUGGAAGGCCGAGGGGAAGUCACGACAACAGCUUGACCCACAACCCCUCACAUCCAGUGGGCGGCGGUUGCUCAGAGAGUGGGAGCGCCUACAGCUGGUUGACGGGGUUUUAGUUCGGGCCAGCCGGGACCCAGUGUCCGGACAAUCUCUGACGCCAGCAGUGGUGCCAGCUAGAGUGCAGCGGGAGAUGUGGGCAUCAUACCACCAGGCUUUUGGCCAUGCCCGCGGCCAGCGAAUGGUGCAGGCCCUUCGAAGUCGGGUCUUCUGGGAUGGCAUGGCUCGAGAUUCUGGGAACUGGGUGGCUGAGUGCCGGCAGUGUGUGCUGGGACAUGCAGGACCAGAGGCGAGGGCUCCCCUCCACCCAGUGAUAUGCAGUGGCCAUUCCCACAAAGGAUCAGACGGCCCAGACCACUGUAAAAAUGCUAUGGAGCUCAACCCGGACCUGCCCGUGUAUGUGAUCCGUCCUGAAGGCAAGGAGGGUCCCACACGCACAAUCCACCGGAACAACCUGCGCUCCUGUCCCGGGGGCUGGACUGGGAGCAGUGAAGUGGGAGAGCCAGGAGGGGUGGCCGCACAGGAGGAGGUAGGGUUUUGGCCCGUAAAUUUUCAGGGCAACAUAAGGCACCCAGUCCCUUCCCAGAACCAAAUUGGGUCAAGUGAGCCUGGCCAUAGGAUAGUACAACAGGGUGGGGAAGGGUCAUUGCUUACCUCUGUUGGGAGCACAGAAAAUGGGGAUACUACCCUUGAACUUAGGCGCUCUGUUAGGGGUAACCUUGGAAAGCCCCCCGCACGGUUUGGACACUAGUGUAGUGGUCGGGACGACCACAGGUAAAGAAGGGGGGAGAAAUGUCAUGAAUGACUAUGGGCAAUGCUAGACUGUGCUUUAAUACUGUGUACUAAUGUUAUAUAAUGAAUGGCUGUGGACAAUGCUGGACUGUGCUUUAAUAUUGUGUACUGAUGUUAUACUGUGGAUAUGUGUGGUAUAUGGUUCAUUGCUGAUUGGGAACGCGCUGGCUGUUCCGUACGUGGGGGACUUUUAACAGACUAGCGUUUGUUAUGAUGAACUAAGCUGCGACUGGGUGGGACAACAGUCUAAUUGCCAUUGACUCUGUAAUUGCUUGAUGGGUUUGAAAUGAGCUUUGGAAUGGGAUAGGUCCCCCCUCCUGAUAAAAAGGGGCAGUCUGGAAUGGUGGCGAAGCACGGAGGUACCGACGGUCUGGGAGGCACAACGCCGCUGGCUAUGCGGGGGAAGACGGCUAUACGAUCGACGCCGGGUUGACAUUCCACGCAAGCUAAGUAUUACCAACAGGGACGUUGUUGUUUCAUUGUUGUGUAUUUCUACCUGUUUGAGAAGCUGCUGUGUACAUCGGCGGGUGUUCUGAUUACGGCUGUGUUGCAGCGGAGUGAGGGCGUCAGAGGAGGCCAUCAGCUGACGGGGGAAGCCGACACACUGCGUGAGGACCGCGGCGAAAGUUCCAAUCAUCUCGUAACCAACCGUGGGUGUCUUGGACAACUCGCAUCGCUCUCUAUUCCGAGGAAAAUUAAGGGAAGUCUUUGUUCGUACUAAACUCUAGCUUAUAACCUUAGCCAACUGCUCUGUGAGAGCUGUGACUGAGCCACUGUGUGUUUUGGUUCCGGUAUAGCCGUGGAGGCGGAGCCUGGGCUACUACGCCUGCAGACGUCGACAGGGGAUGUUCACCGUGGCCGGAACGGCACGACUACUACACCGACGGUGAACUUUGCCGCAUCUGUGGGUUCGUUUCUCUGUGGAUUAUCGGGGACUGGAAGUGUUGUCUUAUAUACUGGUCGGUGGGGACAGCCGACCAGUACGGACUUAUUUUACUAACUGGACUGUUGGCAGGGGACGUGGAGCGUGCUGGGCUGCAUCACUGCUCGUCA